GAAGCGUCGCCGAUAAAAACCGAGCCGUCAUGUUAGCGUCCCUCCCUCUCUGCCUCUGUCCGCCCGCCAGGCUGCAGCUCCAGACGCCUCGGAACAAAAACAACACGAAACAACCAUGUCUGAGAAACUGCCCUACAAAGUCGCCGACAUCAGCCUGGCAGAAUGGGGACGCAAGGCCAUCGACAUCGCCGAGAACGAGAUGCCGGGGCUGAUGAAGAUGAGGGAGCUGUACGGCCAGUCCAAGCCGCUGAAGGGCGCUCGCAUCGCAGGCUGCCUCCACAUGACCCUGCAGACCGCCGUGCUCAUCGAGACCCUCACCGCCCUGGGAGCCGAGGUCCAGUGGUCCAGCUGUAACAUCUUCUCCACUCAGGAUCACGCUGCUGCUGCCAUCGCCAAGUCUGGCGUCCCAGUGUACGCCUGGAAGGGUGAGACGGACGAGGAGUACGUGUGGUGCAUCGAGCAGACCAUCUACUUCAAAGACGGUCAGCCCCUCAACAUGAUCCUGGACGAUGGAGGAGACCUCACCAACCUGGUCCACCAGAAGUACCCCAAACUGCUGGCUGGGAUCCGCGGCGUGUCGGAGGAGACGACUACAGGCGUUCACAACCUGUACAAGAUGCUGAAAAAGGGCGAACUGAAGAUUCCCGCCAUUAACGUCAACGACUCCGUCACCAAGAGUAAGUUUGACAACCUGUACGGCUGUAGGGAGAGUCUGAUCGACGGCAUCAAGCGCGCCACCGACGUGAUGAUCGCUGGGAAGGUGGCGGUGGUGGCGGGCUACGGUGACGUGGGUAAAGGCUGCGUUCAGGCUCUGCGGGCCUUCGGCGCUCGCGUCAUCGUCACAGAGAUCGACCCAAUCAACGCCCUGCAGGCUGCAAUGGAGGGAUAUGAAGUGACCACCAUGGAUGAAGCCUGCAAGGAGGGAAACAUCUUCGUCACCACCACUGGCUGUGAAGACAUCAUUCUGGGGCACCACUUUGAGUGCAUGAAGGACGACGCCAUCGUUUGCAACAUCGGACACUUUGACUGCGAGAUCGACAUGAGCUGGCUGGAGAAAAACGCUGCUGAGAAGAUCAACGUUAAACCUCAGGUGGAUCGUUAUCGCAUGAAGAACGGCCGUCACGUCAUCAUCCUGGCAGAAGGCAGACUGGUCAACCUGGGCUGUGCCAUGGGACACCCGUCCUUCGUCAUGAGCAACUCCUUCACCAACCAGGUGCUGGCUCAGAUCGAGCUGUGGAAGAACACGGCAAAGUACCCACUGGGAGUCUACUUCCUGCCCAAGAAGCUGGACGAGCAGGUGGCCGCCGCUCAUCUGGAUAAACUGGGAGUGAAGCUGACCAAACUGACGGACAAACAGGCCAAAUAUCUGGGCCUGCCCGCCGAGGGGCCUUUCAAACCGGACCACUAUCGCUACUGAGCGGCCCGUUAGCCUGGAGGUGGAGGAGGUGUGGUCAGAUGUUGGUGGAGCAGCUUGGACUCUGAGGCCCAUGGUUGGUUCAACACAGCCAGAUCUCAGGGAUCCAGACGCUUUUCCCUCAUUUCAUCGCCUUUUUACUGAACCCUAAACAUGUUAGAUGUGGCCGCCAGCUAAUUGGAGGCAGGAUGAAACUAAAAGCUUCAGGAGGCAGAAGGUUUAUUGACAGAAGGGUCCAAAAAGGAAAUAGAAAUAAUUAAACUCCCUCUCUUCUUCUUGUUGUUUGCUCACCAACACUCUGACGCGUGCCGCCGUCUCUCCUCGCUCUCAUGCAGACUUUUCUGAAACGCCUGGUGCUUCUGUGGCUCUCAGAGAAAAUUCCUCUAGUUUAAUGCCAUUCCCUGUUUGUUGAAGGAAUCACUCAGUCCUGGAGGCCUGUCCCAUCUCUCCUGUCUGGAAGUGACUUCAGGUUCAACUUGAUCAGCAGCUUGGUGGGAUGUCGGCGUUCUGUGGUCGUAUUUGGGUUUCUGCGUCAACGCUGUUUCCUUUUAGCACUUAAUUAGAACUGUAAUUACGUUCUGUGAGGAGACGGGGAAUCUCCUGAGAGGCUGACUGGGUUCCUUCAGUGCCUACCCAGGUGCUUCAGCUGGAUGUAACGCUGCCAAUUAAACCCCCAAAGGACCCGCUGGUCUUCUGAAAUGU